AAACAUGAUAUUCGCUGCGCAUUUAAUGCGCUUGAACUAGUUUAUCAUCCAUUGUAUCUCUCUUAAAGCAGCCCACCUUGGGCAAAGGCAAAAAAAGUAAAAGGAGCAUUCAAGAAGCCUGCCACAUAUAUAGUACCCACUUCGGUUUCCAUCUUCCCUUAGUCCAUUAUUGAGUCCUUUGCUCUCCCUCUCUUCCUGGUGCAGAUCUCCACUCGCCACAGCCACCACCACAACCACCGCUGCCGCUGCCGCAUCGCCACUCUCGAUGAAAGACAAGGACUGCCCGAAGCACGAUGGGGAGGGCGGGAGCACCGCCCGGCGGCUGUGCGCCUGCCUCCUCGUCUUCAACUUCGUCCUGCUGCUCGUGAUCCUGCUGGUGUGGGCAAUCCUGAGGCCCCACAAGCCCCGGUUCGUCCUCCAGGACGUCACCGUCUACGCCUUCAACGCCUCCGUGCCCAACUUCCUGACCACCAACAUCCACGUCACGAUCUCGUCCCGCAACCCCAACCACCGGAUCGGCGUCUACUACGACAAGCUCGACAUCUACGCCAUUUACCGCAACCAGCAGAUCACGCUCCGCUCCUCCAUCCCUCCGUCUUACCAGGGGCACAAGGAGGUGGACGUGUGGUCGCCAUUCAUCUACGGGACGGAGGUGCCGGUGGCGCCAUUCAACUCGAUGACAUUAACCCAAGAGCAGGCGGCCGGGACCAUCUUCCUGAUGGUCAAGAUCGACGGACGGGUGAGGUGGAAAGUCGGGACCUUCACCUCCGGGCGCUACCACCUGUACGUCAAGUGCCCCGCCUACAUAAUAUUCCCCAAGAGCACAGCCACGGCGGCGCAGGAGUCCGCCGCCUCCAGUGACGGCGCCGUCGUUAAGCUGCAGAUGCUCCAAAAAUGCAGCGUCGCCGUAUGAUAUGUGGCUCUCCUAGCCGAGUAUGUAACGCUUCACUAUGUGCUACAUCUAUGGACAGGGGUGAAAAUGCCUGAAUUGUACAUUUUGUGGAGGAAUAAGCUGGGAAAUGACAUGUUGGGCAAAGCUGAAACUGCGCAGGAUGAUAUGGAGACAGAAAGAGCAGAAAUAAGAUGCUAGGUAAAGACAGUAGCAGCGCAUUAUUCUAUCAGGUUCUAGUUCCUUUGGCAGCCAGCUAGCGUGUAUUUUUCGUUUAGUCAGUAAUGGUUUCUCCACGCUCGUCUGUUGUAUACCGGAUUGAAGAUGGAUGGGAGUGGUUUGUAGCGAGAAAAAGAGGGUUAAUUUAAGACUUUUAAGAGUGGCUGUUGUGUUGUUGCAUGA